CACCUACAUGGUGCUGACCCAACAGAACACAGCUAAGAGUCAGAAUCAGCUUUAAUCGUGCCUGCUGCCUGUUUUUUGAGUCUGGCUCUGUACAGGUGCUCACUGGAGAAAAGCUCAGUACUAAUUAUUUCCUCUGCUGACCAGACCACCCGCUGCAGUCUGUGUCUGUCCUGCUUGGUGGCUGAACCAAACCACACAGUGGUGGAGGUGCAGAGGAAGAGACUGAUUGAUGGCUGUGUAGGCAGUUUGAACUCCUGUCUCCCAGCCCGUUACGUCACAUUAACACGAGCAAAGCUCCUCCACAGCCUGGCUGCUCUACUUUCUUGAUGUCCUCACCACCGGUUUGGAGAGCUUUAGCCUCUGUCUGUAUGCAGGAAUUAGAAGGAUCGUGACAUGAUCUGAAAAACAGAGCAGCGCGGGGCACGGAUAUGCUCUACUUAUUGUGGUGUAGCAGUAAUCCAGUGUGUUCUCCUCUCUGGUCAAACAUUCAACUUGCUGUGUGUACUUGGAAAGUUGUCUGCUCAGAUUGCCUUUAGUCGCCAAGGGAAAUGAACAGGCAGUCUGAAUGUGAACAUAGUAUCUAAUCCGCGAUCCGUGGCCUAUGGGACGUAAACAGGAGCCAGGAUUAACGAGGAGAACUCAUUCGGGGAAGCACUGCGCUGCGAAAUCAAAUUGCAGAUGAGCGCCCUGUGGUUUGUGCUCCAAUUAUCUUUUAUCUUUUCCUUCAACUGUGUGUCUGCAUGCUCCUACACAAGAAAGGAUCUACGGUCAUCUGUGGCGCCAUCUUGGCUUACUUGAAUCAAAUGGCAAUACAACAAAACAAAAGCCUUUGUUGAUGCCCUCGCUGUCCAACUGACCAAUCAACACGCCUUCCUUGUCUGACACACCAAUCAGAUCGCCUUAACCGGGCGCCAUCUUGUUGGUUCAUAACAGCGGUGGUUGGGGAUGGUGCUGGCCCCUGGCUGGAACCUGUUGCUCUGCAGUUCCGUGUUGUGCAAUGGACGGAGAGGAUCUGACGCGCUUUUCUCCAGCAUCUCCAGCGGCCCAUAUAUCAUGAGCACCACGGCGAAUGGCAAUGACAGCAAGAAGUUUAAAGGCGACAUAAGAGGUCCAGGGGUGCCAUCCCGGGUCAUCCACAUCCGCAAGCUUCCCAAUGACAUCACUGAGGCUGAGGUGAUCAGCCUGGGUUUGCCAUUUGGAGACGUCACAAACCUGCUGAUGCUCAAAGCCAAGAACCAGGCCUUCUUAGAGAUGAACUCGGAGGAAGCAGCUCAGAACAUGGUGGGUUAUUACUCCACAGUGAUGCCCAUCAUCAGACAUUAUCCGGUUUUUGUCCAGUUCUCCAACCACAAAGAGCUGAAGACGGACAACUCACCCAACCAGGAGAGAGCCCAGGCAGCUCUGCGGGCCCUUAGUUCAUCUCACGUUGAUGCAGCUGUGGCUGCUCCAAGCACUGUGCUGAGGGUUGUGGUGGAGAACCUGGUCUACCCAGUCACGCUGGACGCCCUCUGCCAGAUUUUCUCCAAGUUCGGCACCGUGCUCAGAAUCAUCGUCUUCACUAAGAACAGUCAGUUCCAAGCUCUGCUGCAGUAUCCAGACGGGGCAUCAGCCCAGGCUGCUAAACUGUCUCUGGAUGGGCAGAACAUCUACAAUGGCUGCUGCACACUGAGGAUCAGCUUCUCCAAACUCACCAGCCUCAACGUCAAAUAUAACAACGAGAAGAGCAGAGACUUCACCAGACCGGACCUGCCCAGUGGAGACAGCCAGCCCACUCUGGAGCACCCAGCCAUGGCUACAGCAUUCACUCCAGGUAUCAUCUCAGCUUCCCCAUAUGCUGGAGCCACGCAUGGCUUUCCCCCAGCCUUCACCAUCCAGCCUGCAGUGUCCUCACACUAUCCAGGCCUGACGGUCCCCACUCUUCCUGGUGCUCUGGCUUCCCUGUCCCUCCCUGGGGCCACCAGGCUGGGAUUUCCCCCAAUCCCUGCUGGGCACUGUGUCCUGCUAGUCAGCAAUCUGAACCCUGAGAGAGUUACGCCCCACUGCCUCUUUAUUCUCUUCGGUGUUUAUGGUGACGUGAUGAGAGUGAAGAUUCUGUUCAACAAAAAGGAAAAUGCUCUGGUUCAGAUGUCUGAUGGCACACAGGCUCAACUAGCCAUGAGCCACCUGAACGGCCAGCGGCUGCAUGGGAAGCCUCUGCGUGUCACGCUGUCCAAACACAGCAGUGUUCAGCUUCCCCGAGAAGGCCACGAAGACCAGGGCUUGACCAAAGACUACAGCAACUCUCCUCUGCACCGCUUUAAGAAGCCUGGCUCCAAAAACUACUCCAACAUUUUUCCACCUUCCGCCACCUUACACCUCUCUAACAUCCCCCCUUCUGUGGUUGAGGAUGACCUCAAGAUGUUGUUUUCCAGCUCAGGAGCCAUGGUCAAGGCAUUCAAAUUCUUCCAGAAGGAUCAUAAGAUGGCUCUGAUCCAGAUGGGCACGGUGGAGGAGGCAAUCGAGUCCCUUAUUGAGUUCCACAACCAUGACUUGGGGGAGAACCACCACCUGCGGGUCUCCUUCUCAAAGUCCUCCAUCUGAAUCUGUGUAGUUCUGUAAACGCAGACUUGAUGGUGACCACUACACUCCGAUCAUUCCAACACAUGUCUGCAGAAGCCACAGCCAGGUCUGGUGUGAUGUUGAAUUAACUUCACUGUUAGGUUCUUGACCUUUUUUAACGGGGACUAAACACAUUUGGAAGUUUAGAAGAAGUUUAAAUUCUGAAUUUAACCACAUAAUUCAGAGAAUAAAGUCAAAGUUUUUUUGUUUUUUCUGCUUUCCACAGUUUUACUUUUUUUUUUUUUGAACCAGCUAACAACUGAAGCCAUUUCUAGCCCAGGUGUUUCUGAAUUAUGGCUUUAUUUAUUCAGAGUUCUGUUUUUAAUUUCAGAUUUGUGUUUUUUCCCAGUGAUCAUGAUCCAGCUCUCUGGUUCCCCUCUGAAGUGGCUUCAUGUUUAACGUAGCUUUUCUGAUGCGGAAGUUGUUGGGUCAGAGACUGGGCAUUGCUAAGGCUGGUCUUUGUAUGGUCCCUGUGCCUUUAUUUAAAGAAACUCACCCAUCAUGCCUCUGUUACUUGGCAAAGAGCAAGUUACAGCUGAUAAAGGUUUACUUUACACACAUCCUUUAUAUUAUUGGUGUUGUUUUCUAGUCCUUCAUAUUAGGGGUUUGUACUGUUGGUUACUAUAGUGUCAUGUGAGUAGAUUCUGCUGGGGUUGCCACAGUAACAGUUUAUCACGGUAUCGUCAAACACAUGCGAAGCGCAGAGCAACAUUAUGCGAUUACCACCGUUGUGGAGCAGUUGUUGUCCGGUUCUACUGGCAAUGCUGCUCUGCAGCUGCCCAUGUGUGGAGCUCGGUGAUGAGUCAAAACUGUCUGGUUCUGUAGGGGAGAGUGUGAGAAAUAACUGUGGGCUUUUGUACUGUGAAGCUGAAACCGCUGCAGCCCUGGUCAAGGCAGGUUUGAGGUUGCUGAUGAAAUUCUUGUGUUUCUUUCUCUUUGAUUUCUUUAUUUCUGUUAAUACAAUCUUGUUUUCAUUCAAAUCUCACUGUAGCGAUAUUUUAAUGAUUCCUGGACGGUUUUGUUGCUGUUAAGUUUCUGCUGUGUUGUGUUGGACCUGUAGGUCUGUGGGCUCGUUUCCUCUGUCCUGUUGCCUCUUCACACUUUUAUUUAUACAUUUGUGAUCCACUACAGCUGAAACCAAAAACAGCCUUUAAAUGCAAACCAACCCACCCGCCUCAGGAUCCUGGUUUAAUGGACUAAAAACAGACUUGAGCUGCUUUGGGCUCUUUGUGUUCUCCUGUACGAAUGUUUUUAUCACUGCUUCUCUGGAUUCAGCCCAGCAGUGCAAACCAGAGGUUGCAUGGAGUGCCUUCACUGUGCAUCAGGCAUCAUUUCCUCUUUUAGCUACACAGACGCCUGGCGUGAUACAAUUCUACAUACUGCUGAUGUGGCCUAUGUGUCUUACUGAAAUGUCAACAUUCCACUAGCUCAGAUUUCCAACUGAGCUUGAACAUGACAAUGCUGUUUCAACUAUGUUUCCUCUGAAUAAGCUGCUGAGGGUUUUUACAGCUAUGAUGCAUUCAAGAUACCUUGCAGAUUUUUAGGAAAACUUAAUCAUUCUUUCUCCAUUCUCGGACUGAAUCCUGUCACUUCACUAAACAUUAGCCACCAGACGCAUUAUAUUAGAUGCUUAGAUGAUUUCUUGUUUUCUUCUCGCUGCCUUCGUCUGAUAAAUUUGACCAAUGAUGAAUCUGCUGGAUGGCGGAGGCUGCUACAUGUUACUGGGCUGUAAAUGACCAGGUGACUUGAAUGUAUCACAGAUGUGGAGUGUCAGGUGACGCAGGAGUGGAAUCAGUCUGUGAAGGGGGUGUUUAACUGUACAUAUGUUUGUGUCUGAGAGGUGAGUGUUGGUUUUAUAUCCAAUAAAACAUGUUGAUGAAAGCUCUGAGCCUUAACAUUAAAUCACCUUUUAUCUAAA